UAAACCAAUAGAAGUCACGCGAACACAACUACUAGUAAACCUCCAUUUCUAUUUAUAUCAUCAGCCCAUAUUAUGUGCUACACACUUCAAAGCUCGUCUGGAAAACCGCUCACCUGCUUCCAAUAGUCUUAACAAAUUCCUACUUACUCAGGGAGCACCAUGGCAACCGGACAAAUAUUCUCUCGUACAACGCAAGCAUUGUUCUAUAACUAUAAGCAAUUGCCGAUUCAACGGAUGCUUGAUUUUGACUUCCUUUGUGGGAGGGAAACACCUUCAGUUGCUGGAAUCAUCAACCCAGGUUCCGAGGGAUUUCAGAAAUUAUUUUUCGGCCAAGAGGAAAUCGCCAUACCAGUACAUUCAACCAUUGAAGCAGCUUGUGCUGCCCAUCCUACUGCUGAUGUAUUCAUAAACUUUGCAUCAUUCCGAAGUGCUGCUGCUUCAUCGAAACUUGCUCUCAAACAGCCUACGAUCAGAGUUGUGGCUAUUAUUGCCGAGGGUGUUCCGGAAUCAGACACCAAGGAGUUAAUUUCGUACGCGAGGUUAAACAAUAAGGUAGUUAUUGGGCCCGCGACGGUUGGUGGGAUUCAAGCUGGAGCUUUCAAGAUUGGUGACACUGCUGGAACAAUUGAUAAUAUUAUACAAUGCAAAUUGUACAGGCCUGGAUCUGUUGGAUUCGUAUCCAAAUCUGGUGGCAUGUCUAAUGAGAUGUACAACACCAUUGCACGUGUGACUGAUGGAAUCUAUGAAGGUAUUGCUAUUGGAGGAGAUGUUUUUCCUGGUUCUACUCUUUCUGAUCAUGUUUUGCGGUUCAACAACAUUCCCCAGAUAAAAAUGAUUGUUGUGCUUGGGGAACUCGGUGGUCGAGACGAGUAUUCCUUAGUCGAAGCACUUAAAUCGGGAAAAAUAACUAAACCCGUAUGUGCUUGGGUUAGUGGAACAUGUGCACGCCUCUUUAAAUCGGAAGUCCAGUUCGGUCACGCAGGGGCCAAAAGUGGCGGCUUAAUGGAGUCUGCACAAGCUAAAAACAAAGCACUUAAAGAAGCCGGGGCAGUGGUCCCCACUUCAUACGAAGCAUUCGAAAGCGCAAUCAAGGAAACAUUUGAGAAGUUGUCCGAAGAGGGCAAGAUUGCCCCCGUCAAGGAAAUAACCCCUCCGCAAAUCCCCGAGGACCUUAACACAGCAAUUAAGAGCGGGAAAGUACGGGCUCCUACUCAUAUUAUUUCAACCAUUUCUGAUGACAGAGGUGAAGAGCCUUGCUAUGCAGGGGUACCGAUGUCCACGAUCGUGGAAAAGGGAAUGGGCGUCGGUGAUGUCAUCUCUCUUUUGUGGUUUAAACGUAGUCUUCCCCGCUACUGCACACAAUUCAUUGAGAUUUGUGUCAUGCUAUGUGCUGACCACGGUCCGUGUGUGUCUGGUGCUCACAACACAAUUGUAACUGCAAGAGCGGGAAAAGAUCUCGUAUCAAGCCUUGUUUCUGGUUUACUAACAAUCGGUCCGCGUUUUGGCGGUGCCAUUGACGACGCUGCUCGAUACUUCAAGGAUGCAUAUGACAGAAAACUUACGCCAUACGAGUUUGUUGAAGGCAUGAAAAAGAAGGGUAUUCGUGUACCAGGAAUCGGGCACAGGAUCAAGAGAGGUGACAAUAGAGAUAAGAGAGUUGAGCUACUACAACUAUUUGCUCGCACGCAUUUCCCGUCAACGAAGUACAUGGAAUACGCGGUUGAAGUUGAAACGUACACUCUCUCAAAGGCAAACAAUUUAGUGAUGAACGUUGAUGGUGCCAUUGGUACCCUGUUUUUGGAUCUUCUCGCGGGUAGUGGAAUGUUCUCCAAACAGGAAAUUGAUGAGAUUGUUUCCAUUGGUUACCUUAACGGGCUUUUUGUUUUGGCCCGUUCCAUCGGUCUCAUCGGGCAUACGUUCGACCAAAAGAGGUUGAAGCAGCCGCUAUACAGGCACCCAUGGGAAGAUGUCCUUUACACCAAAUGAUCAUUUUCAAAAGUAUACACAUCAUUCAAAACAGGUUAUGUUCAAAGUUUUUCUGUUGUAAUGACAUUUUGGAGUGUUUUUCUUUUGUGACGGUUGUGUUUGUAUUGGUCGCUGUAAGUUCAUUGAUAGACAACUGGCUCUUUUGAUAUUCAUAGACAAUAGUUUCCCUUCCAGGCUUUA